UAGGAAAAGUGGCAGACAUUCUGGCUGGCCAGUUAUGACCGAGACCAGAAGUAGAGGCUGAAGCCGGAGAGGACUGCAGAGGUUCCCACAGGAUGGACACCACCCCAUCCCCCUCAGACAUCACCAGGAGGACGCUGGAUCCUAGCACUCUGCGGGUGACUUUCAGCAGCCUGGAAGAGAAUAAAGACCAGAGCAGCAGCAUCUUUUCUGUGUUUUCGGGACUCCUCGCCAUCCUCCUGAUCAUCACAGCUUUCUGCAUCCUGUGGAACUGGAACAGAAGGAAGAAGCGGCAAGUUCCUUACCUUCGAGUUACUGCCAUCCCUUCACUGACCCUGCCUCAACCCAGACAACGAGCCAAAAAUAUUUAUGACCUCUUGCCUCGCCGACAAGAAGAGCUGGGGAGACAUCAGUCAAGAAGUAUCCGUAUUUUCAGCGCUGAAAGUCUCAUCUCCAGAACCUCUGACAUCCCUGAGCAUGUGCCCUCUCAAGCAGAUGACACCCUCCAGAGACACCAAGCUCAGGUCCAUGCUGUGGACUAUUCGGUGGGUGUCUAUGACAAUGCCACUGUGCCCCGUGUGAGUGGGAACCUUGCUGCCUCGGCACACUACAUCAAUGUCCCAGCUUCCCAGGAUGGCUCGAGUAUAUCUUCAGAGGAGACAAAUGAUUAUGUCAAUGUCCCCACAGCAGAAGAGACUGCUGAGAUGUUAACUUCUACCAACAGCCCACCUAAAAAUGUCUUUGUCCUUCCAAGUGCCCAGGAGCUGGAGUGUAAUGAGGAAGGACACAAGAGCUGUGGGAACACCAGUGAUGGCACCAGUUUUGGGUUUCCAAGACCUGAGGGCAGUGAUCCACUCAGCGAUGGGGAAGGUUCUUCUCAGAGCUCCCAUGACUAUGUCAACAUGACAGGUUUGGAUCUUGGGGACAUCCAAGAGAAGGAGCCCUGGGUGGCUUUUCAGUGCUGCAGAGACUAUGUAAAUGUCCCAGCAGAGGAUACUAAUGGAAGUCAGCAGCCUGAGGAAGAAGAGACAUCUUCAAACACAGACUAUGGAGAGGACAGGACAGAUGGUCCAGGGAUCCACAUCCAACCUGUCACAAGGAGAUCCCUGUCUUCCAGGUAUUUUGUGGCCUUUCAGCUGUCCUUACAGAGUGAGAACAGCCAGAUGACACAUGGAGAAGAGAUGUCAGAGGAAGACUCAGAUGACUACGAGAAUGUGCUGGCUGCUGAGUUAGAAGGCAGGGACUGGGAGCAGGGACCUGGCACUCAGCUCCUUCCUGAUCAGUGAAUACCUAGGUACCCAGCUAGGUGGAGCUGUCUGUCCUGCCAGGUCCUUGCCACUGAAGAGUCUAGUGAAGAUCCCCGAACACCACAGUGUUUCAGUAGAUUCUGCUGGUUAAGCUAACCAGAGGUUAAGAGAAGUGGAGAGCUAAUAGGCUGCACAAAAGCAAAGGUUUGGGAAAGGAAUUCUAAAAAUAGGCUAUUUCUCAUACUGACCUCAAAAUGUUUGCUGAAACUGCUGGAUUGGACUGUCAGGAAAUAAAAAACAUGAUAGUACUUAGCACACAGUGAAAGUUUAGACUGAAAUAAUUACCUUCAUUAACAGAAGCAGCUCCAAAGCAGGAGUGUAGAUUGUUUUGUGAUCCAGGCAAAGACCAAAGGGAAGGAAGAAGUAGGGGUGGGGUAGGCAAUUUCCAUUUUACAAAGAGUAUAGACAACUACACACGUCUCCUCGCUCUCUGUACUAAGAGCACUUGAAAGCUUUUGGUUUCUAAAUGCUAUUCUCCAGUACAAUCAGCCAGAGUUCUUGGAGAAGUGACUGGUUCUAGGGCUGGGGAAGGGAAAAUACAGGAUGAGCUUGUGUAUAUUGAAGAAAAGGAGACAGAGAGAAAAGGAGAGAGAGAGAGAGAGAACAAAAGCAGCCAACUGAAAGAGCUCCCAAAGACAAAGCUAGAACAAGGUUAAAUAAAUGAAUAAAAUAGAUGAGUUUCAAAUAAUAUAUAUAGAAAGAUUGAGGGAAGUACAAAAUCAUGGUGAAGAUACUACAGAACAGAUGAAGAUUUGCUACAGGCAGAUCCACUCAUGAACACUAAAAUUAGAAAAACUUUAAGAAGAAACAAAAGUGCAUAGCCUCAAAGAAUCUCCUUGAAAAUAUUUAUUCAUUACUGUGGUGAUUUUAACACACACCCUCAAUUAUCUGAUACUCCCCUUGGAGUUUAAUCUCCUCCCCUUCAGUGUAGGCUAAAUCUAGUGACGCUCUCUAACGGAUGGAACACAGAAAGAGGGAAAUAGUGAUUUACAGGGAGAAAUUUGGCAGACACUACCUCCACCAAGGGACUACAGUCAAUUCAUUGGGAAUAAGUCGUGUUGUUAUCGUGCGCCCCCCUGAUAUGAUGAAGAAUAGCACCCCAAACCCCAUAACCCCGGGCUUAUCAGAAAAAUCCAAAUUAAAUAGCAUGGCACAAAAACCUGACCAAAACUAUUCAAAGUCUGAAGGUCAGGAAAGACUGAGAAACUGUCACAGAUUGGCAAAGACUAAGGAGUCAUGAUGACUAAAAUGCAUCAUGAUGGCUUGGACUGGACCUUGGAACAACAACAACAAAAGAGGACUUAUUGGAAAAACUAAUGAAAUUAAGAGAUGUCCAUAUUUUAGCUAGUAGUAUCAUAUAAGUGUUAAUUCCUCCCCUCCUCCCUCCUCCCUCCUCCCUCCUCCUCCUCCUUCCUCCUCCUCCUCUUCCUUCCUCCCCCUCCCCCCCUCCCCCUCCCUCUCCCUCUCCUCCUUCUCCUUCUCCUUCUUCUUUUUCCCCCAGUACCAAGGAUCAAACUCAGGACCUUGUACUUGCCAGGCAGGCACGGUGCCACUGAGCUACAUCCCCGGCUGCAAUUCCUUCAUUUUUAUAACUGUUCCAUGCUUAUGUAAGAUGUUAGCACGAUGGGGAAGUUGGGUGAAGGAUACACAGGAACUAUCUUUUACCUAUUCUUGUAACUUCUGUAAAUCUAAAAUUAUUUCAGCAUUAAAAAAUAAUUUUAAAACAUGGACAAAGGUGGAAGUGAAGCCAUCUGGGUUCAUCCCACUUGAAUAAAUUGGAACCAUUCCA